AACGGUUCCUGUGUUGACAUUAUUCAUCAACAACUUGCAAUAAUGACAAAGGUGGAGUAAGCUCUUUUAACGUCACGAUGAAGUAUCUGGUACUUGUGGCCUUUUUGGGUCCUUGUUGGGUCAAUUGUGCGAUUAAAUCAAGGGCCACUGAGGAAGUAACACGGGAAAAUGACACAGAGUUCGAAGCUCUGAGCUUGUUGCUGUCCGACUUUGAGGUGCUGCCCGUGUCCGGCCUCCAGCAGCACUCGCUCAGGAAGAGGGACGUCCACACAGAGUCCCACCUGGAGCGCAUGGUCAGCUUCAAUGCCCUCAAGAGACAUUUUAAGCUUUACUUGACAACUAACACAGGCCUGUUUACUGAGGACUUCAAAGCUGUGUUUGUAGAUGAGCAAGGGAAGGAAGACCGCCAUGACGUUCAGCUGCAGAACUACUUUACUGGACAUCUUGUAGGCGAGGAGCACUCCCGUGUUCAGGCACACAUAGACGGGGACGAGUUCUCUGCCCACAUCCUUACAGAGGAGACGGAGUACAACGUAGAGCCCCUGUGGAGGUUCACUGAGGUGCCCCCCGAUGGUCGUCUGUUGGUAUACCGCUCUGAGGACAUCAAGAACCUCAGUCGCCUGGCCUCGCCCAAGGUGUGUGGCUACGUCCACGCUGGGGCCCAGGACCUGCUGCCAGAGGCCGCCAGAGGUGGAGAGGCACAGGAGGAUUCCCUCCACAUAGAGAAGAGAGCGACCCACAACCACAAGAAGAACACCUGUCCUCUAGCCCUGGUGGCUGACUACCGCUUCUUCAAACACAUGGGGCGUGGAGAGGAGAGCAUCACACUCAACUACCUGAUUGAGUUGAUUGACAGAGUGGAUGACAUGUACAGGAACACAACCUGGGAUGACGAGUUAACAGGAUACGGUGUUCAGAUCCAACAGAUCAUCAUCAACAAGGAGCCGACCAGAGCGCCGCUUGGUCAGGCUGGGCCGGGCUGGACCCACUACAACAUGAAGGGAAGCCCCAUCCAAAGCAAGGAGGUGUGGGACGUCAAGAAACUGCUGGAGCAAUUUAGCACGGACAUAGCGGACAACGCUAGCACCGUGUGCCUGGCCCACCUGUUCACCUACCAGGACUUUGACGAGGGGACACUGGGCCUGGCUUACGUGGCCCCCUCUAAAGCCCAGGCUCUGGGGGGCCUCUGCCCCAAACCUUUCUUUCCAUCUAGUUCCGUUAAGAGUCCCAUUUUCCUCAACACUGGUUUAACCAGCACCAAGAAUUAUGGCAAAACCAUUCUAACCAAGGAAGCAGAUUUGGUGACAACCCAUGAGCUGGGCCACAACUUUGGAGCUGAGCACGAUCCUGACAACAUCCACUACUGCGCCCCUAGCGAUGAACACGGGGGCAAGUUUGUCAUGAACCCCAUUGCUGUGAGCGGGGACCACUACAACAACAAGCGAUUCUCCAACUGCAGUAAGAUAUCCAUAGGGAAGACGCUGCGCUUCAAGGCUCCCAUCUGCUUCAAGGAGAGGAACAGCAAUGUGUGUGGGAACUCGCGCGUGGAGGAGGGGGAGGAGUGCGACCCGGGCCUGCUGCACCUCAACGACGACCAGUGCUGCUCCGCCGACUGCAAGUUCAGGCCUGAGUCCCAGUGCAGUGACAGGAACAGUCCAUGCUGUAAGAACUGCAAGUUUGAGCAGGCAGGCAAGACAUGCCAGGAGCCCAUCAACGCCACCUGUAAGGGCAUGUCCCUCUGCACAGGUAACAGCAGUGAGUGCCCAGCCCCAGACAAUGCUCUGGACAAUACCAUCUGUGUGGACAGCGGGAGGUGCAGCGACGGGGAGUGCAUGACCUUCUGUGAGGCUGUGCAGAACCUGCAACCCUGUGCUUGUAAUGAGACGGACAACUCUUGUAAGGUCUGCUGCCGGGACAAAGAUGGCACCUGCACUCCCUUCGUAAAAAAGGACCGGAACUUCCUGUACCUGCGCAAGGGGAAACCCUGCACUGUGGGCUUCUGUGACGAGGGCGGCAAAUGCAUGAAGCAUGUCCAGGAUGUGAUCGAGAGGUUGUGGGAUUUCAUCGACAAGCUGGACAUCAACACGUUCAGGAAGUUCCUGGCAGACAACAUUGUGGGCUCAGUGGUGGUGUUCUCUCUGGUCUUCUGGAUCCCUCUCAGCAUCCUGGUGCACUGUGUGGAUAGAAAUCUGGAGAAGGAGUACUUCGCCAGCAACGAAGAGAUGCUGAGCAGCCUCGAAACGGCCUCUGUCCACAUCGUCAAGCCACCUACGCCGCCAAUCUUCUCCAGCACUCGGAUCCUUCCACACUCUCUCCCUCCUCUACCCCCAACAGGCCCAUCUGCCUCAGGCAGCAGCAGUACCCCAGCCCCAGGCUUGGCUUCUGGCACUGCCCUGGGGAGUGGGGUUAUGGGGGCGGGCUCGUGGAUGGCCACCAUCCAGGAGGAUCCCAGCUGCGAUUAUCACCUCGACCCGGACGAAGACGACUUCCCUCCACCCGGAGGCUCCAACGCCACCAAGUCGUCUUACGUGGACCUGACGGCAGAGCGGAGCACAGCUGGAUCGGGCCGCCACGACGAGGCAAACCUGCGUGGUGGACAAUAAAGAGAACCAGUGCUGAGGAAACAUGUUUGUAUAUGUACUCACAUACACGCAUGUACAUGCAAACACACACUGUUAUAUAUUUGGGGAUAUUUGUGCCUUGUUAGUUUCAAGAGUCAAAGCCAAGUGCUUUAUUUGGCACUGCUCACUCCGAUACAGGCCAGACAGUCUUUGGAGGUGUUAUUUUGUUAUUUUUGACUGACAGCUGUCAGAAAGGGUUGAUUGAUUGACAGUUGGGCCAGUUGAUUUACCACUGCCACAACUGUAUGGCUAUUGGUUAGGCAUGUGGGUGGGUUAGAGUGCCAGUGUCAAAAGGAAUCAUGCUGAGGUCAAAGAACUGAGAAAUGUGUUAUUUUAAAUGUUUAAAGGUCCAGUGCAAAUGUGAUUUUCCUGUGUUUUAUAUUUAUUUCCACUCUGAGGUUGGAAUAAUACUGUGAAAUUGUGAAA